UUUGUAUCAACCCCACACUCUCUCUCCGACAAAACACCCAACUGUCCUAAACUUCGAUACAUCUGAUCGAGGAAAACUGAGAAAUGGUUUCACAUUUCCUCUGUAUUUCCCUCCUGUUUCUCGGACUAUCUUGCCUGAGGUAUGCUUGUGCAAAUGCCGAGCUGAGUGCUUUAAUGGAGAUGAAGGCCUCUUUGGACCCAGAGAACAAGAUUCUCUCUUCGUGGACCAGUGACGGUGAUCCGUGCAGUGGGUCCUCCUUCCUGGGAGUGGUCUGCAACGAGAACCGCAAGGUCAGUAACAUAUCUCUGCCGAGCAGGGGACUCACCGGACAGUUGUCGCCGGCGGUGGCUGAGCUCAAGUGCAUGUCUGGUCUCUACUUGCAGUUCAAUAAGUUGACUGGAGAGAUUCCAAGAGAGAUUGCGAAUCUCACUGAGCUGACUGAUUUGUAUCUUGAUUUCAACAAUCUUACUGGGGUUAUACCUCCCGAGAUUGGCGGAAUGGUUAGCCUUCAAGUGCUGCAGCUAAAUAACAACCAGCUGACAGGGUCCAUACCUGAAGAGAUUGGAUUCUUGAAGAAGUUGAGUUAUCUUGCUUUGGAACAUAACAUGUUGACAGGUCAGAUUCCGGCAAGCUUGGGAAACCUCAGACUGUUAAAAGAGGUUUAUUUAGGCUUUAAUCAGCUCUCGGGUCCAAUUCCUCUGAGCCUAUCUAAUUCUCCUCCAUUGGAGGUUCUUGAUGUUCAAAAUAACAGCUUUUAUGGUCCUACUUCUCCUGGGUUAAAAAGGCUCAAGGGAGGAUUCAAUGGACAAAACAACCUUAAUCUAUGUGGCGCUGGACUUUUAUUAUUAAGAAACUGUACACCCUUUGAUUAUGAUGAGAAAGCUAUUCCAGCAGACAAAGGAUUAGUACCUCUAGCCACCAACAUUCCCAAGGCAGCAAAACUUCCUCCACAGCGCUCAACUUCAUCCAAGCUCCCACAUUUUGGCAUCAUCAUCGGGACGGUUUCUGCGACCAUCUCAGUGUUGGUUGCAGCAGUUAUGGUCACAUUCCUCCUCAGGAAGCGUAAACUGAAGGUGGGGAACACCAUUGAUGAACUCGAGGAUAGGCUCACUGUGGACCAAUCAAAAGAAUUGCAUAGAAGUCCUUCUCCUCUCAUUUCAAUCGAGUACUUUCAAGACUGGGACCCGAUGACCCCAGGGAUAAUGUUCAACAUAGAAGAGGUAAAGUCAGCGGCACAGCAUUUCUCAGACGCGAAUUUGUUAGGAAGAAGCAACUUCUCGGCUGUAUAUAGAGGAAUUCUCAAGGAUGGAUGUGUAGUAGCGAUUAAGAGUAUAAAUGUGACGGCAUGCAAGUCAGAGGAGGCAGAAUUUAUGAAGGGGCUUAACUUGAUCACUUCGUUGGAACACGAUAACCUUGUCAAGCUGAGGGGUUUCUGCUUCUCAAAGGGGAGGGGAGAGUGUUUCUUAAUUUAUGACUAUGCGUCUAGAGGUAAUUUGUCACACUACCUUGAUGUUGCAGAGGGUAGAAGUAGCCACGUCCUCAGCUGGUCCACCAGAGUUUCCAUCAUCAAUGGCAUCGCCAAAGGCAUUAGGUAUUUACACAGUUGUGAUGAAAACAAGCCCGCCAUCGUUCACAGGAACAUAUCAGUUGAAAAAAUCCUACUAAACGAACACUUCUCUCCAGUAAUCUUGGAUUCAGGCCUUCUAAAGCUCUUUGCUGAAGAUGUCGCCUACUCGGCCCUAAAGGUCAGUGCUGCCCUUGGUUACAUGGCCCCAGAGUACAUCACCUCAGGCAGCUUCACUGAAAAGAGUGACGUGUAUGCGUUCGGGGUGGUCAUGCUUCAAGUGAUGUCCGGGAAAUGCAUGCUCACAAGCUCGAUCCGACUCGCGGCCGAGUCUUGCAACUUUGCGGGUUUUGUUGACCCUAACCUCAAAGGGAAAUUCCAUGAAAGUGAGGCGACAAAGCUUACUAAAAUUGCGGUGGCUUGCACGAAUGAGGUGCCUGAGAAGAGGCCAACUAUGGCAGCUGUCGUUGAAGAACUUAGCGGUGAUGGGCAAAAUUUUUUGUUCAAAGUUGGUCAUGAUGGACUCCAUGAAACUGUUUGAUUGAUGAUUUUGAAUUUGUUGUGUACAUUAACACUUCACUGGCAUCGGAGCAUGUAGUUGAAGGCUAUAGUAAAUUCAUGUAAACAUUAUUUUAUACACAUUGAUAUAUUUUUAAAUAAUUACAGGUUUACUGCUUAAUUACAAAGGAGUGAUCUCUCUAUA